UGUUGUUCGUAAUACAACAGCUUGUAAUACGAGUAAAAAUUGCACAUAAGUGUGAGCGAAACAGCAUAAGUUUUCGGCGCUCGAUUGUCUUCCAUAUAGGCCAAUGCAAUUGAAUAUAAUAUUAUUAAAUAUUUACGCAUGGAAAUAUCUCGAAAACGGCUGGGUAAAUCGGCAAAAUGGACCGUGAUGUCAUUCCCAAAGGGAGUGCAAACACCCGGCUGGUUUGAUGGCCUAGAAUACAAAUCCGGUGAAAUUUCAGCUGAUCCAUGGAUUCUCAGGAUUUGACCAGGUUCCAGUGCUUCCUUUUUUAUGUGCAUCUGUAAAGUCAUAUUCCCUAUGUUUUGUAUGGAAUUUCACCACGACGGAAAGAAAUGGAAGUGCUAGAAUCAGGUCGAAUCCUGAGAAUCCAUGGAUCAGCCCAAAUUCCACCGGCUUUGUAUUCUUGGCUAUCAAACCAGCCGGGUGUUAACACUCCCUUUAGGGAGUGACACCAUGGUCCAUUUUUUCGAUUUAGCCAGCCGUUUUCGAGAUAUUUCCAUGUGUACUUUUGGCCAUAGAAGCCAACGCAAUAGCAGCGGCGCUCCGAGGUUUUCAUACAAACUUCCCAUGUAGACGGUCCAACACAGGCAAAAAUCGAAAAAAAAGUAAAUUUUUUUUUUUCGAUUCUCAUAUAGUAUUUUUUUUUGCCCAAUCCAUUGGUGUUAUCGCUACAUCGAAAUUCGGUUUCCUUAUCACUUAAUUUGCAUCAUGUGAUAAAUGCGAGUGAUGUCAUCAAUAGCUCGGGAAUCAAUUGAAAUGAAACACACGAAAAAAAUAUUCGAGUAACGAAACAAUGUGAUACAGAUCCAUUCAUAUGAAACAAUGCGAGAGGACUCGUUCAUAACGACACUGCAGACAAAAAAUCUAUCAAAACGGAACACCGCAAAGCGAAAUACUUAAAACGGCACAUACUAUGUUUCAUUCUUACGGAUUUCUUUUCCAUGUUCCAUUUUAAUGGAUUGCUUUAUUUUUGUUUCGUAUCUGUGUAUUGAGCAACGAAAGUCUCAUUUUCAUUCCAAGCUCAUCAUUUCAGAACUGCCAAACUGAACAAAUACAGACAAUAAGUCGCGCGCAAAUCAAAUGUGUGAGUUCCCUUUGAUCGAUAUUAGGUAUGAUUUUCACAUGAAUAAUAUAAAUGUAUUGAGUACGAAGUGCUGCAUAUCAGCGAAAAUCGUUGCUGUAAUUGUAUUUUUGUAUUGUCAUGAAUUAUGUUUAUGUAUAGAAAACUGUGCAUCGAGCAUUGUCUCACACAGCAAAAACUCUAAAUUUUGAUCGAAUAAUUAUUGGCAUAAUUUUCAUAUGUAUUGAGGUACUGAAUACUGAGCAAGUAGCUGCAAGUAUUGUCACGAUGCUGUAAUUAUUACUAACGGUGCUUUGAGUCGCGACACAAGUGUUAUUCGACGCAAGUUUGUUAUUGUUAAUCUCAAACAUUUGACAAUUUAUUUCAGUAGCUUUUUUGAAUUUCAUAAUUGUUUCGUACUUGUUAAGACUAAGUUUAAGAAAUGUCGCAAAAUAGUGACAAAAUUAAAGGUAUAAAAAGAUUUUUUGUGCAAAAGGAAAAAACAGACGAAGGAAAUCCAGAAAACGUUUCACAUGAAACUCACAGCGAUAAGCCAGAUACAGAAGCCGCAAAUGCCGAACAAAUCGAACCCGCACCGAGUGUUGAUAAUAAAAAAACACAAAACUCGUCUGAAUUGCCUGAACUCGAAACCGAAGAAUAUGAACGCGAAUAUGACACAUGCAUAAAAUCAUUUCAAGUUCAACAAACAAGUGGUGUUCAGCGUAAUAUCAAUUGCAAGGUUUGUGUGAAAUUUCCUGCUAUUGUUCGACGCAUGUGUGCAAACAACAAACCACCAGCUAUUACAUUGGAAUCUGGCACGCACUAUCGAGCGAAUCUGUUGCUGAUCACUUUGCGACGUCUUAUCACAAAGAAUGUAAACAAGCUGAAUUGUUAGCAACAAACGAAAUUGGUGCGCGAAGCAAAGAUAAAUCAUUAAUAAUAGCUUUUAUUGUCUACUCAAAAACAAGCCGACAUUCAAAUACAAUUUUCUAAAUUCAAUACAAUUUCCAAAAUAUUAUCACAAUUUCAAUCUAAAUAAUAAUUCCAAAUUCCAAAUAUUUACAAAAAUGUGUAAAUCGCAAAGUUUAGCAAAAAAUUUUCAGUUUUUCAAAUUAAAAAAAAAACAAGUCAAAAACACAAAAUUGUGAAUCAAAUUUAAAUUUCGGUCUCAAAAUCAAGUCAAAAUGUACAGUAUAUAAACUAUUAAUCAAUUAUAAAUAUUAUUUUGGUUCGUUUGGUAUUUGACGGAAUUUGUUUCCAGUCACUUCGUCACAGCACUCGCGUUGGUUCCCGGCCAUACACUUGUUAUCACAGCUGGAUUCCAUAGUACUCUCGUGUCGCUCCGCCACCCUGAGGCAUCACACGUCAAUCUCUCGUCUCACCCCAAGUUUCUGUGAACAGAGUAUUCCAUAAGCUUUUUAUAUCAUAAAUAAAUUACAAAAUUAUA